UAGAAUCGAUAGAUGGCGUGCUUUAUUGUUGACUUGGAUUAAAAUGGCGACCUAUAAUGAGCGCACGGGGGCAAUACCGUUAAAUUCCCCGCGAUAAAUGAGCCUGUGCGAAUUCAUCUCACCGCGGUGUAUGUGCAGAAGCGCCGGGUGGUUUGAGGUGUACCCGGCAUGUUUAGAUUUUUGCGGACGCUCGAAUCAUGUGAGCGGAGCAACGGUGCCACCCGAUCGUGUGUCGUGCGUUGGCCAAGUAUCUGUGGCCAUAUUUACUGUGUUAUUCUUAAAGACAUCGUAUCUCUUCGUACACCGGCGAACAUAAUCGAAUACCUAUGCACACGGCUCUACGAUAUCGAAGAAAACAAUCGUCGUUAUCCAGACAUUUGUAGAAUACGCGAAGAACGUGACAAUCCUCAUUCCUUGACGAUCAAGUACCCACCACUAGCAGUGAGCUAUUGGUAUACUGUAUUCAAGGAUACUGUUGUUUGGAUAGGACAAAACGAAAAGACGCUGUUUCGAUGGAUGCUCGUCGAUCCCAAGGAGAGCGCGCGUGCUUGUUUUUGUUUUGCGGACAAAUAGCUAUUAACACUCGACGAUCGUAGACAACACGAAUCAUACUGUGCCUGCAGAGAACACGCUGGCUUAUUGCUCGAUUCGACGACAAUCUCGGAUACCGUCUAUGGCAUUCUGAUGGAUUAUUCACGUUUACGAAGAAGAUAGAAUGGAGAACUUUCUGCCCUACCUUAGAAUUUUUAAUACAUUAACAAAGCUCUUAUGAUCAGUUCUUAUGUAUAUGAAGAAGUGUAUAGAAUGGUUUCCUAUGUGCAAUUAUAAAGAGAAAUGUAUAAAAGUUUUCAUUGAAAGUUAUGUUAUGAUUGAUUUAAAACGUAUCACCAACAUUUCUAAACGCAAGAAAGCCUGCCAUACGUGGACUAGGCAGGCUAGGCACCCUUGUGCCAAACUUGGGUAAUGGAUCCUGUUGGUCCAUGGUAUGCAUCGUAUAACCGCCUUGCUUCAGGAAGUACUGCUAAUACAUUUCAAGGAACAAAUUCAACCACCAACAGUGAUUUUGUAUCGCAUCAUUUGUCAACAGCUGCCACACAAGCGGUACCAUCAACAACAUCGCAAUUACUUUUACAAGCAGCACAUACAACAGCAACUCUGGCGGGACAACCAUCUCCCUUCAACCCAGGGGGGUUUCUGUCUCCACCCCCUGUGGGAUAUGAUGUUUUUUCUCCUUUGUUUCACCAUCCCAAUUCAAAACAGUCGCCUUAUGUUACGCAACAUCGACAAGUCCUUGCUCAAGCUCAAGCUGUGACAGUGACUAAACAAAAUACAACAACCGAAUCUGAAAUAUCUCCAUUGAGAGAAAACUACAAUUCAACUCAUCAAACUUUCUUCGAACAUCAAAAUUCAUCGUCUUCACCUACUGCAUCAUCUCUUGCUUGGACCCAACAGAACAAUGCCCAGCUUCCAAGUCCUUUCGGUAUAUUGCCACAUGAAAGUGUUGUAGCAUCUUCUCCUGGACCACCUUCCACAAAAACCAACACUGCUGCCUAUGAAAAUACAUUUAAUGCUCAUUUUAGUGCAACUCCAACAAUAAAUAAUAUAAAUUCUCAAUUAUCUACUCCUGUUUCAACCGCAGAUUUUAAAUCAUCUACUUAUCCAGAUGCAAAAAAGACAGUAAAUGUUAGACCUCAAUCCCCAAAUGUUAACGUAAAGUUAGUAGUCUCCACGACUCAAGGAGGUAAUAGCCAAACAUUUUUCCAACAAGUUCCAACUACAUUUAGUUCAGAAACAUUGACAAAUAAUUACACAGCUGGUAAUGGGACCCAAACUUCAAAUGGUAAGGUACAAGCAUCUCUUCAACAUCAACAAUCAUGCAUUGUGUCCACACCAAGCAAUACACCUAGUAAAGAAUACAGAAUUCCACAACCAUCUGCAAGAUCUGUUGCAUCAACAACCAUAUUUUUAAACACGUCCGUUAGAUCAGUGUCAUCGCAAGCUCAAGAUAAACAACCAACACAAAAUAGUGGUUUUCCUUCUCCACCAAACAAAACUACAUCUACGUCUCAGCAGAGUAUACAAACAAAAGCACAAACUAAAAUUUAUCCUGAAUUAAGUAAUCAUGGUGAACAUAGAAGGAAUGAACAAGCAGGACAUGAUAGUAAUCAGUCGUCGCCUAUUAGUUUUUCUAUCAUGGAUACACGUGGUAUGAAUUAUGGAACUAAUAAUACAACAAAUUGUAAUAAUAAUAGUGGUAAACUUGCAAGUAACCAAAGGACACCACCAAAUAAUAAUUUACAGUCACAUCCACAACAGCAGCAGCAGCAACAAUUUCAUGUUUUAAAUCAACAGCAACAACCAACAACACCUUAUAGACAUUAUAUAACAAAUUCAGCAAGUGAUACUGAGUAUCAUCAUUCUAAUAGAUCAAAAUCAACAGCAUCUACAGAUUCUGCUUAUUCUUCCAAUAAUUCGACUCAAAAUGGUCCUGACUGUGGUGUUGUUGUACCACGAAGACCAAGUCCCUUACAAGCGCAUUCACAAGCUAGUCCGUUAGGGCAUGUACCAAGUCCUGCAUAUCCAAUGUAUAAUAGUCCAAUGGCAACAAUAUCUUCUCCUUCACCAUUGCAACAACAUACAGAAAAUAAUGGAAAUCAAUGUGCUAGUGGACAGCAGUACAAAGCAACGGUACAGCAGCAAGUUACACCACCUUCACCACUUGAUGUUACUGUUCCUCGGCCUGCAUCACAAGGUCAAGUUGCAUAUUCUUCAGUGAUAACUAGGGCAUUAGGUACUACAGAAAAUAACAAGCCAACUUAUAAUACAGAAACUAAAAGUUAUGAUAGACAACAACAAGAUUUCUCUCAAACACAAAAACAACAAAUAUGUUGGGAAAAUGAUAAUCGGCAAACAAACACAAAUAGAAAAUUUUCUGUGGCAGUAUAUACAACUGGUAACACAGAAAUAAAUACUCAAACAUUACCUAUACAACAACAGGUACAAAGAGUAUUAAAUGUUUCUGAGAGACAGCAACCAUAUUUUGAUUCCAAUCAAGUUACUUUACAAGAUUUAAGUAGCUGUAGAGGAGAUCCAAUGAGUAUUGUAAAAAAUUUACAAACUCUACAACAAAGUUCCUGUCAAGUACAACAGCAGCAUGCAGCCCCUACUGCUCUAAAUGAUCAGCAAAAACAAGUAGAAGAAAGACGCAAAGCAGAUUCUGUUAACAAAAAGAGGAAAAGUUCAGAAAAGGGAGGCCAUGGAUCAACACUAAAUGAACUUACAGGAACCGCAACAAUGACGGAAUAUUUAAGUAGAAUACCACCUCCUGCACAUCAUAAUACAAAUCAACAACAACAAAAUGGUUAUUUUGACUUUGAAAGGUGGAAUUUGCCUCCACCUCCCUCAAAAAUGUUUACAAGUGCACCUGCUGCAUUUAGUUCUCAAUCAACACUGCAUCAUUCAAGUAAUUUUGUAGGAAAUCCAGCACAUCAACAUCAAUCUAUAAUGGUGCCACAUCAUCAUGCACCACCUCCUAUUCCUUAUUUUCCAGCUUUUCAUAUACCUCCAGGACAUCAUCCACAUCAUACUCAUGAAUUCCAAUCUUCUGUUGAAAUAACUCCAAUUAGUUUCGGGGAAAAUGCAGUAAAUCAAAAUACUAAUUAUAAUCAAGAAAUAAGAGAUGAUCAACCUAAAGUGAUUGUUCCUAAUAUAGAAGAAGAAUUAGGCUUCCUUCAACAAAAUCAACAGCCAGUGCAAACUAUGAAUCAAAUGAACAAAGAUCUUAAACGGCCUGGUAGAGAUCCAAAUUCAGGAUUUAUGACAAGCUAUUUGAAAUUUUUACAAGGUGAAAGAGAUCCUUCACCGCCACCUGCAAUACGAGGUGGUAGAAAAGCAACAUGGAGUAGGUCGAAACCAUAUAUUCCUAUGGAGCCUUGUAAACCUUCAGAAACUUCCACAAAUGGAGAAACAGUUAAGACACAAACUGAAAAACCAAAUCCUGCAAAAGAAACACCAGCAAUUGAUUAUGCUAAUGAUCCUAGAUAUUUUCCAUUACCUAAAGAAAGGAAAAAACCAAACUUUGAUUCGAGCGAUGAUGGAUUUACUAGUGAUGAUGAUUUUCUAUUUCCACCUAAAAAAACAGAAAGGAAAACAUCUACUAAUACUACUAAUACAGCAGAUAUUACAACUCCAAAACAAGAAGGUAAAUCUAGGAAAGGAAGACCUAUUAAACCUGGAGGACCAACAGAUAGAAAACGAAAAGCUGCAGCUGCUGCAGCAGCAGAAGCAGCUACUCAUACUUCAAGUACAAAAGUAUCAAAGAAACUUGAAGAAGUGGAUCCUUUACUUUUACCCCCGAGAAGAGAAACAUCUAGGAGAAAAGCUAAGGAAAAAACAUCAGUAAAACAAUUUUUAGAUAGACAACAGGGUAUAGAUUAUUUUGAUAAUGAUGAAGAACAAGGUGAUUCUGAUUCUGAUCCUGCUUGGACUCCUGCAGUAAAAUUAGUUGGAGAUGAAGAAGAUAAAAGAAAGAAACGUGGACGACCUCUAAUUACAAAGAAAAAUAAAAAGACUUUAGAAGAAGAUGGUUAUUCGUCUGGUGAAGUUAUUGUUUCAAAAAAAUCAGUCAGAAAAAGGCAUGAAGUGUAUUCAAAAAAUUCUAGCAAUUCUGCAAAGAUUUCAACUAAAAUAGAUGAGAAAUUAAUAACCUCUGCCAGUGAUGAGGACAUUGAUAUAUCUCCAUUUAAGUCUGGUGAAUUUGUUGUGAUCAAGACAGAUCUAGAUGAAAAGUAUCCAGCUCUAUGGAGAAUCGAUGGGAAAACAUUAUUGCAAAAAUAUGAGCCAUUUAAGUCCAAUGGCAAAACGUUAUAUAGAAACAUAUCCACGUAUUCUGGUUGGGCUCCACAAAAUCGGCAUAUUUAUCAACAAGUGCCAGUUAAGUUUUGGCAACAAGGCAAAUUAGAAACUAUUGUAGAAUUUUUAAGGGAUGAAAUGAUCGUUGAUGACAGUGAAUGCAUAAAUAAGUUCAUGAAGGAUACUGAAAAAUAUCAAGACAAUUUUGAAGUGUACAUACAAACAUUGAUCUCACAAGCUUUGGAUUCUAAUUUCCUAACAGAGAUAUUUCAAGAACAAGAUGAUUAUUUCUUAUCCAAUGUUAAAACUGUCGAUGAAGUAACAGAUGAGAGAAAACAACGUCUUCUUUCUACCACAAAAUGGCGAUCUAAUUUUGUAACCGCAAUCUCUACAUGGCCAUGUCUUAAUGUAUUAAAAGAUUUGCCAUCUUCUGAAUAUAAAAACAAAUUAUGUGCUGGUUGUCAGCAAAUCAAAAUUUAUGCUAGAGUUUUACUUUAUGGUCAGCCAUACAAUAGUACCACAUUGGAAGGCUCACCUCCUGGUCCAAAAGUACCACAAGAAAAGGAUUUUUUGCUAUGUCGAAUUUGCCAAACUAAGGUAGCUCUAUAUAAUAAAGUAGCUCAUCAAAAAUAUCUUAUGUUUUUGGAAUGUGCAAGAAGAGUGGCAGAUAAAAGAUCAACUGAUCCUAAUAAAGAUACAACAAUAAUAUUAAAUGAGUUAUUAGCGGAUGAAACUUGGUUGAAUCAAUUAUUUAAAGAAGUUAGGAGUAUUUGGGCAGAGAUUGAUAAUAUGGAACAACAAAUUAAACUAAAAUCAAAUCCAACAGAAACAUCAUCGUCGUCGUCGUCGUCGUCGUCAUCUUCGUCUUCGUCGUCGUCGUCGUCAUCGUCUUCAGUAAAUCAUGCAGAAGAAAUGAAAAUUCAUAAUUCAUCUGUGCGUGCAACUGAAGGAUCGAUUAAUACUUCAGAUUCACAGGUGCCUAUACAGAACACUGAAAGCAAUUUGCAAACAGUGUCUUGUAAUAUGCAAAUAAACAGUGUAUCGUCUUAGUGGUGCUACACAGUAUGGUUCUGUUUGUUAUUUAACGUCAUAAUAUUUGUGUGAGUACAGUGGCAUACACAAUUGUUGAAUAUAUGCAUACUUUUCUCUCACAUUGAAGAAUUAUAUAAUACACUUGAAGAACAGUGGGUAACUGUUAAACUGGAUAAUAUUAUGAUGAACUAUAAAGUUAACAAGAGUGUAAUAAGGAACUGUAAUUAUAGAAAUGAGCUAUUGAGAGUAUUGAGGUAAGUGAAAAUUUAAACACUUUAAACAUGUAUUAUAUGCAUUUUUGGUAUAGCAAUCAAAGCCCAAACUUUGCCAUUAUAGUGAUAUAAAAAUAGUGGUAUAUUGAGACACAUGUGAAUAUAGUUACACAUAGCUGUUUGUAUCGUGAUAAUCUCAUGUAAGGUGAAAAUCUAAAGUGAUAAAUCGAAAAAUAUAAGAAGCAGAACUUUCAUAACAUGACGUAAAAAGUGUUAAAAAUUUUCUGUAACAUAUUUGCAUCACAUAACAGCGCCUUGAAAUCUGUUGUUUAUGAUAAGCAGAAGCUGUUAAAAUAUUUGUUCCUGUACGUAUAACUCUUAAAGUUAAUAUCUAUUUUCUUUUUUACUUUUGCAAAAUAGUUGCUAUCUGUAAAAUUGGCAAAGCAUAUUUAUGUAAUAUUUAUGUUGUAUAUAUAUUUACUAAGUCCAAACAUACAUGUAACAAGGUUUCAGACGUAUCAAGUACGUUUAAAAUAUCCUAAAGUGUUCCAAAACCGAUCAUUUAAAAAUUUCACUGUAAUAUGAUUUUACAGAAAAUUCAACAGAAUACUUUAAAAAACAAAACAAAAAAUUAUCAAUUCAUAUAAUUUCGAAGUUAUUAAAUAUUUAUAAAAUUAACUUUUGUUUUUGCUAUAUGCACAUAUUUUUGCAUUGUACAUCUAAGUCUGAUUUUAAUUUCAUUUAUUAUUAUUAUUAUUAUUAUUAUUAUUAUUUCCAGUGCGACAUUUAGAUAUACAAUUCUUCCACAUUAUAUAUACAAGCAAUUAUUUUAUCAUGUUUAAAAAAAUUAUUUAUAAUUUUUGGUUCAAUUUUUUUCAG